CGUGAUUGACGUGGCGCCAUUUUGUGUGGGUAUAUCUGAGACGGGAGGGCACGGUCGCGGCUUUUCUUUCUGCGAUCUCUGGUCUGCAAUGGACGGCAUUGUCCAAGAUAUAACAGUUGGUACAAAGCGGGGAUCUGACGAGCUUCUAUCUGCUUGUGCUACUAACGGUCCCUUUAUCAUGAGCAACUCUGCUCCAUCUGGUGAGUACACCAAUGGCAACGACAGCAAAAAGUUCAAAGCAGAGAACAGAACGUCAGGAAUCUUACCUUCUAGAGUCAUUCACAUCCGUAAACUUCCCAAUGAUGUCACUGAGGCAGAGGUCAUCUCCUUGGGCUUGCCUUUUGGCAAAGUAACCAAUCUUCUCAUGUUAAAAGGCAAAAACCAGGCUUUCAUAGAAAUGAACACUGAAGAAGCUGCUAACACAAUGGUGAGCUAUUAUAGCACUGUCACUCCAUACCUGAGAAGCCAUCCUAUUUACAUUCAAUACUCUAACCACAAGGAACUGAAGACUGACAACUCUCCCAAUCAGGCUAGAGCACAAGCAGCUCUUCAGGCAGUCAAUGCUGUGCAGACUGCUAACAUGGCUAUUGCUGGUAGUGGUGUGUCAGAUAGUGCAGCUGGUCUUGCUGGUCAGAGCCCUGUUCUUCGCAUCAUUGUGGAAAAUCUCUUCUAUCCUGUUACUCUAGAUGUGUUGCACCAGAUUUUUUCCAAGUUUGGCACUGUAAUGAAGAUCAUCACUUUUACAAAGAAUAACCAAUUCCAGGCCUUGCUGCAAUAUGCUGAUGGCUCCAGUGCACAACAUGCAAAACUGGCCCUAGAUGGACAGAACAUCUAUAAUGCCUGCUGCACUCUGCGUAUUGACUUCUCCAAAUUGACUAGUCUUAAUGUUAAGUACAAUAAUGACAAAAGCAGAGACUACACACGUCCUGACCUACCAUCUGGUGACAAUCAGCCAACCUUAGACCAAACCAUGGCAGCCGCUUUUGGUAAGGAAGCCUCCCUACUAGGUGCACCAGGUAUCAUCUCCUCGCCUUACGGAGGGGGAGCUGGUUUCCCUCCUAGUAUUGCCUUCCAGCAAGCUGACUUUCUCCAACAUCCAUCAGAUUACUGUUUGUCCGUCCCAGGGGUUCAUGGAGCUUUGGCUCCACUUGGCAUGCCGUCAGCAGCAGCGGCUGCUGCAGCAGCAGCUAGUCGUAUUGGCAUUCCUGGAUUUGCCUCUGCAGCCAAUGCUGUCCUGCUGGUUAGCAAUCUGAAUCCUGAGAGAGUUACGCCCCAAUGCCUCUUUAUUCUUUUCGGAGUGUAUGGUGAUGUGCAGCGUGUGAAGAUACUUUUCAACAAGAAAGAAAAUGCCUUGGUACAGAUGUUUGACUGUACACAAGCUCAACUGGCUAUGAGCCAUCUGAAUGGUCAGAGGCUUCAUGGGAAGGCAAUGCGAGUGACUAUGUCCAAACAUCAGACAGUUCAGCUUCCCCGUGAGGGCCAGGAGGAUCAGGGUCUGACCAAAGACUACAGCAGCUCUCCACUGCAUCGCUUCAAGAAGCCUGGGUCGAAAAACUUCCAGAACAUCUUCCCUCCUUCUGCUACACUCCAUCUCUCUAAUAUUCCACCAUCUAUAACUGAAGAUGAUCUGAAAUUGCUUUUCUCAAGCACAACUGGCAUGGUCAAAGCAUUCAAGUUCUUUCAGAAGGAUCGCAAAAUGGCUCUUAUCCAGAUGGGUUCAGUGGAAGAAGCAAUCCAGGCUCUCAUUGACCUUCAUAAUCAUGACCUUGGAGAAAACCAUCACCUCAGAGUUUCUUUUUCCAAGUCAACUAUCUAAAGCUCUGAUGUGGACUUCCAGCCAUUCUCUGGAGUCCUGCCUAGCCUAUGGGCGCAAUGAUUAUCCUAUUUCAGAGACACCACUAGACCUCAAAAGCAGCUACAUAGCUGAAAUUACCCAAAAGUGACCAUAGUUCUCUUUCUAAAAAAAAACUGCAAUGACAUCCUGUUUUAUGGUAGCAAUGCUGCCGGUUUCAAUCCGUUUAUCACAGAUUGGCUUCUGCUAGUGUUGCUCUUGAUUCAGCCUUUGAAAUUCUUCUAAAAGUUUACAGGUUGCAGAUUUUCUUGGAUCAUUCAAGCCUGUGCAUCUAAUAUCAGGUUGUGUAAUAAGCCUUUUAAUUCUUCCCCUUUGGGUAUCCAUACCACUAUAAUACAGAAGUGUGGAUAAUUUAAACAUAUAUUCUACUUUCAUUUAAAUGAUUAUCCUGUGCCUUAUGUCUUUAUAACGAACCAGGGGCCAUUUUAUAAAUUGUCUGUUUCUGGUUAUGUGCUUUAUGGUUUGUUUUUGAGCAAUGUUUUUCUGCUUGUUUGCUCAUUGAUGUUAUUACUUACCCAAUUUGCAGGAGGUGUAUAGAGUGUCAGUGGAGGUGAGGAACUGGAUGGAAUUGGCCUGUAGUAGCUUUGAAUUAGUAAGACUAUCUAAGCUACAGUUUUGCCCAUCUAAUUUUAUAGUUUAGAUAUAUUGGCCAUUCUGCUACUGCCUUUGGGGCAGCAAGUGUUCUGGACACCAGUUUUUAUCUCCUCCUCCUUCACCUCUUUUUCCUUUUCAAUCUCCUUUUCCCACCAUUUGGGGGUGAUUAAUUACUUUCACCUACCUGGUGGCCUUGCCUUUAAUCUACAAGUUUUUCAACCAUAGCAGAGCUAUGCUGUUGAAUAUUCAUUUUAACCAAUUGAAGCAGUGUAGAUUUGAAGGUUGCUACAGCUUGAGCGGCUGUAAUAUUUGUAAUGCAGCAGUGUUUAAUUUCAGCUUGAUAGCUUAAUGAAGUUUUCCUCUAAACGAAAUGACCUAGCUCUGUGGCAGUUUAGGUACCACUUAAUCUAGUUUAAUACCGAUGCACAGCCAACAAAUUGCAUAAAUUUACAUGCUGCUUUUUGUCCACCCCACAUGCAUCACCCAGUUGUUCGUGAUGAAAUGUGAAUCUGUCAGCCUCUACCCAGAAGGGCUCUAGAUACCAUUGUGGUCUUAGUGAUGUGCAAUACCCUCUGGUGGGAGCUUUUUCUAUUCCUCCUUUCCAAAAGAAAAUAGUUGUCCAGUAACCAGGAACAGUCCCAAUUUUAAAUGACCUAGGCUUGUUGCCUUUAUAUUCAAUAGCUUGUAUGUAUCUUAUAGUUGAGGGUGUUUUAUUAUCUUAGUUGAUAGAAUGUGCAUUUUCUACUUGUAUUUUGUUUAGUAAGAUUUUUGAUUUUAAUCUGUUUUUGAGCUGCAUUUCUACUCUGUACACCUACAUUAAGUGAGAUUGGCAGUAAUGUCAUUGUCCUGCCGUGUGCUCCAUCACCUCACUGACUUAAGUCAGCUGACGUUCUGGCAUGGUGUGCAAUUAUUUUAAUUCUGUUGUUAAUUUGCUUUCAUUUAAUUUUGCUUUUGAUUUAUAUAUUCAUUUUUGGGUUCAAAUGAAAACAGAUUUGUAUUGUUGAUCUGUCUUUGGCCACCUAGUAUUUGAUUCCAUUUUUACCCUGCCUUGUUCCCUUCUGCAAAUGUACAGCAUUGACAAAGAGGUUCCCACAGUUUUGUGCUCACUGAAGUACUUCUGAUUAUGUACAUGUCCAUAAUUUGGCUAUUUCUGACCCUUUAUCAAGCAUUUAACAUUGGGCUAUGUGCAAGUACUUUAUUGAUGCACUUAAGUAAAAAGGCAUUGGUAGAGUUUUUUUACAGUAUGAUUCAGCAGAUAAAUUAGCAGGAACACAGUGGGAGUAAAAUGGUGGGUUUCCAGAAAGUUGGAAGUCUGCACAGUAGUGUGGGAUAGAUUAAUGUUCCAUUUGCAAAAUGAGUAUUCAGGUAGAAUAAUUUCUUAAGCUACCUGUAAGAUUUUUAGUUCUAUGGGGAAAGUUUUUAUUUACAGAUGUUGCUUUCGGUCUGAUUAGUAAUUUCAGGUUUACGUCUAGAUUUUUUGACAUGCUCUAGCAACCCUAUAGCAUUUGAGGUCACCUUGCUGCAGAAUCUAACUUUUUUUGAAUGGGUAAGGGCACUUCUGCUUUAGUUGUGUAGCUUGCAAAUUGAUAUGGUAAGAGUAACUUGACAUGUCAAGCCCUUCUGGAAUGUACUGAGCCCCACCACCACCUGGAAACUACCAUCCACUCCUGUAAAAUCUGUAGGCAUUUGACUUAAAACAAAUGUUUUUGCUGACCAAUCAUUUCCCUUUUUAUCGAAGUGUGAUGAAUCUCUUUCUUGGUGAAAAUCCACUUCCCAAACAUUCCGUAGUUUGGGCUAAAUGCUGGAGUUAUGGUAGACAUUGAUAUGCUUUUGCCUGAUGUUGUGUAUGGGUGCUCAUUAAUGACCAUGUUAGUGAUCUUGUGCCUGAACUAAUGAGCAAUAGUUUACUUUAAGAACAAUGUUCUGAUUUGAUGCAUGUCAACUGCUUAAUGGAUUUUUUAGGUUUUCUUCAGGGUUUUGUGGACCAAAGUUGUUGUGCCUUCUGAAGUCUUGGUUCUUCACGUUUUGUUAUUCCUCUUAAAGUCCUCAAAUGUGGUGACUGUAAUGCAUUAUCUACCUAGACUGGUAGUUGUAUGAUUAGGGGAUUCACUGCUGGUCAAUCUGUGUACCUUUAAAAUUGUUGGAGGAGCUGCCUACUCAAUAUGUGCAGUUUUCAAACUAGUACAACUCCACCUGUUUUUGUCUUUGGUUUCUUGAAAUAGUCCCUCUUUUUCAGCUGUAAAGAAUGUUUGAGGAAAAAGGUGUAAAUAUUCAUAACUUUUUUACCUAGAGAGGCUAAGGGGAACAAAACCGGUUUUUAUAUGGAAGCAUUGUCUUGUAUAUUUUGAUUAAAAAAAAAACAGCUGUCAGGUUUCAUAUGUAAAGGGUUUUUCAGAAAACAAUUCAUCUUCUAUUGAAUGUUUGUAAUGCAAAGAGAAGAUUAAAAGAUAAUUUUCUAAUGAA